AUGCCAGUGCAAGCACCACAAUGGACAGAGUUCCUGCUGUGCCCAAUCUGCACACAGACAUUUGAGGAGACUGUUCGCCGGCCCAUCAGCUUGGGCUGUGGACAUACUGUCUGCAAGAUGUGCCUGAACAAGUUGCACCGCAAGGCUUGUCCCUUUGACCAGACAGCCAUCAGCACAGACAUCGAGCAGCUACCUGUCAACACAGCCCUGUUGCAGCUGGUGGGAGGCCAGGUUCCUAAGGCUCAGCCAGUUGCCUUGAUUACAAGUCCAGAGGACUCGCAGCAUUAUGAGGAGGCCAGGCAAUGUGUGGAGGAGCUGGCCCUCUAUCUCAAGCCUCUCAGCAACACCCGAGGUGUGGGUCUGAGCAGCACGGCCCAGAGCAUGCUGAGUCGACCCAUGCAGAGGAAACUGGUAACUCUGGUCCACUGCCAGCUGGUGGAGGAGGAGGGCCGCGUUAGAGCCAUGAGAGCUGCCCGCUCCCUGGGUGAGCGAACUGUCACUGAACUCAUCUUGCAGCACCAGAAUCCGCAGCAGCUCUCCUCCAAUCUGUGGGCUGCUGUCCGUGCACGAGGAUGUCAGUUUCUAGGCCCAGCCAUGCAGGAGGAAGCUCUAAAGUUGGUUCUUCUUGCUCUAGAGGAUGGCUCUGCUCUGUCCAGGAAGGUGUUGGUUCUCUUUGUAGUGCAGAGGCUUGAGCCACGCUUCCCCCAGGCCUCUAAGACUAGCAUAGGCCAUGUGGUACAGCUCCUUUACAGGGCCUCCUGCUUUAAGGUGACCAAACGUGAUGAAGACUCAUCCCUGAUGCAGCUGAAAGAGGAGUUCCGUACUUACGAGGCUCUGCGGCGCGAGCAUGACUCUCAGAUAGUGCAGAUUGCCAUGGAGGGCGGGCUGCGCAUCGCACCUGACCAGUGGUCUUCUCUGUUAUACGGAGAUCAAUCUCACAAGUCACACAUGCAGUCUAUUAUAGAUAAGCUGCAGACCCCGGCGUCUUUUGCUCAGAGUGUCCAGGAGCUGACUAUCGCGCUGCAGAGGACUGGAGACCCAGCCAACCUCAACAGACUGCGGCCCCACUUGGAACUACUGGCCAACAUUGAUCCCAGUCCUGACGCCCCCCCUCCCACGUGGGAGCAGCUUGAGAAAGGGUUGGUAGCCGUGAAAACAGUGGUGCACGGCCUGGUGGACUUCAUCCAGAACCACAGCAAGAAAGGAGCUGACCCUCAACAGCCUCCUCAGCACAGCAAGUACAAGACAUAUAUGUGUCGUGACAUGAAGCAGAAGGGAGGCUGUCCUCGUGGAGCCAGCUGCACCUUUGCUCACUCUCAGGAAGAACUGGAGAAGUAUCGUAAGAUGAAUAAGCGUCUGGCAGCUCGCCUCCCUGGCUCAGGAGGGCUUAUGCCAGAUGACGGCCUCCCUCUUGAUGUAGCAGUGACCCGGAAGCCUUCACCCCUCACAAAUGGCAGUGGUGCGCCGUCUUUGCCCCAGCUCAUUGCCCGUGGCGCCACCGACACGUAUGAACUGCUGCGAAAACCCAUCAAGAUGGAUGGAGGGAGUCCCAAUGCUCCAGGAUCACCACCUGAUGGCAUGGACUCUGUGCCCAAACCCAGCAUGGCUCUGCCACCUCAUGCCAUGGCCCACCCAAGGAUGCCAAUGGACCACCUCUCUGGGGUGAAGCACAUGCCUGUGAUAGCCAGAGGUUCGCCAGUGUACACCCAGACACAGCUCACUGAGAUGUGCUAUGACACUCGCCCACCGCCCUCUGCUUCUCAGUAUGAGCCCCCACAAUACCCCACAGGGUACCCCUACCAACAGCCACAACAGUAUGUUCCUCGGGAUUACAUGCGUAACCCUCCUCCACCCAGUGAGUCAGGACCCCCUUACCAGGAUCCCUACCCUGGCUAUGGCCCUCCAGAGCGCCCCUAUCAGGCCCCUCACUCUGGCCCACCCUUCUCCUACCCUCACCCCCCACACCAUGACCGAGGUCGCCACGGGACCUACACUGGCCCACCUCCUCCUCCGCAGCCAUACCCAUCUCAGAGGGAUAACCUGGUCAGAAUGAGUCCCGCACCUCUGGAAGUACCCCCGCAAACAGGACAGGCUAACUCACUUUACCACCAGGAGCCCAGUGCCCGGGAUAGAUACCCUCCAGAUGGCUACUAUCCACAAGGUGCUCAGCCUCCACCCAUGAGGGCAUAUGUCAGGGGGCCAUCAUAUAGUGGUUCUCAGCCCAGCCUGGACUACCUGCACCGACGUCGGCAAGAGCUGUUAUCCCAGCUGGAGGAAAGGAAGGUUAUCUCUCCUCCACCAUUCGCUGCCUCCCCCACUCUUUCUCAUCCCUUCCCCAGCGACUACCCUCCAGAGUACGGCGAGGAGAGCUCCAAAACCAUGAUGAAAUGCAGAGAGCCGGACUAUGCCGGACAAUACUCUCCCUGGUCUUGUGAAACCAUUGGCUCCUACAUUGGCACAAAGGAUGCCAAACCCAAAGACGUUAUGGGUCCUGGUACCAUGGAAAUGAUGAAUGUGGAGGCUAAGGGUCUGAGGGAACCAUCGAUGGAGGCUCCUCGGAGGGGUGCUGAAGUCAAGGACGAUGACCCUAUUAUCCCAUUUGGCCCCCAGCCCACUGUAUCACGCUUUGGUGCCAUCUCCCGCACCCCAAAGAUGGGCUACCAGACCACCGCGCCUGUACAGGCUAUGGUCUCCAAUCCCCAGAAUCCAAACUCUAAACAUAUGGCCAUGCCAGAAUACACAUAUGGAGGCCAUGGAGGAUGGGGUGGAGCUUCAUACCCCUCCCACCAGGCUGCUUCCUCCUCUCAGGGACACUUUAGUGAGCGCCUACCUACAGCAGCCCCAGACAGAGAACUGCUUAAGAUUGAGCUGCAGCAGGUCAACCAGCAGAUCACCCAACAGACCCAGAUGCGAAGCAUGGAGCCUGCAAGUAACUCUUUACUGCUGCAGAGGGAGAACAGCACAUUGGCAGGCCAGCCUGUGCAGCCCAGCCAGGGCCAGGCAGCAGCAGCCCAGCAACAGCCCAAGUGGCCAGCAGGGGGCGCAAGUACAACAGCUGUCUCCAGCGAACAGCUAAGCCUUGAGCUCCACCAGGUGGAGCGAGAGAUCGGCAAGAGGACCCGUGAGAUGGCUUUGGAAAACCAAGUAACCCAUGAUGUUCAGCAGUACAAGAUGAAACCUGCAGAAAAUGGGCAACCAGAGCACAAGACUCAGCUGGAAGACAUAUCCCUGGCUCUUGGCGAGGUGUCAAACGGCUCCAGCAGCCUGCAAGAAAGUGCAGUGGGCGGGUCCAUGCUGUCACUGACCAACAAGACGUCUGCACUGAACCUGUGCUCUGAUCCCGGUGCCACUGGCUCAGAGAUGCAGAAGAAUGGCGUUGUCCAUUCCUGCUCUUAGGCAGUACACACUUGCACACACAUGCACACACACACACACAUACACACAUGCACACACUCAAGAUGCUCAAUUGAAAAGCAUGCACAGGCACACAUACAUCCAUUCUAUUUAGAAGAUGAGCAGUAUCUGCCGUGAUAUGAAUUUUCUUUCUUUUUGUUCUGUGAAUGAGCUUUUUUUAAUGACUUUCCUUGCCUGGAAACCAGAGCAUAUGAUAACAUUUCUUGUGUGUGUUAAUUUUUUUCUUCUUUUGUUUUCUUUCUUUCUUUCUUUUUUUGUACCAGGAUUAUAGAUUAACAAGGCUCACAAUAGGUAUAUGAGGAAGAGAAAAUGGUGGUGAUGGUGACAAUGGUACUGAAAUUUCAUUCAAAAAGGGCAGGCUUAUUCCAUCCUUAAUAAACACAAAAACAUAGUAAAGUAUUUGAUUGAUCCUCCCCACAUAAGAGUUUGGGUUUUAUUGUAUCAGCAUACAUGUAGAUGAGUGGUUAGAUUCAGAGGACUAGCACUAGUAGCACUAUCACAUUGCAUGCACUGUGAGGAAUUUCUCCUGUCGCAAUCUGACGAUCUAUGAUGGUAUUGGAGUGUCGCUUGGUACUCACCCCCAAAAUCGUGUAAAAAAAAAAAAAA